AUGAGGAGAUCCAUUGGGGAGAAGGGGCAAAGGCAGGCAGAGCUAGAAACGGCACGACUGGCCAAGGAGAAAGAGGAGGAAGAGACGAGGCAACAGACUUUGCUGAUGAAGAAAGAGAAGGAUAUACAGAAGAAAGCGAUCAAAAAAGAACGGCAAAAGCUGCGCACAACUUGCAAGAACUGGAAUUACUUUUCCGACAACGAGGCAGAAAGCGUCAAGAUGAUGGAGGAAGUUGAGAAGCUUUGCGAUCGUCUGGAGCUGGCAAGCAUGCAGUGCUUGAAUGAAGCACUUACCUCCACAACCAAGGACGAAGGGAAGGCGGCGGUAUUAAAACAGAUAGAACAAGUAAAUGAACAGGUAAGGAGAGAAAAGGAAGAAGCAGAAGCUCAAAUGCGACAAGCCACAAAGAGCUCGGACAAGUCCACAACUGGAAGCGUUGGGGGCAGCAAGAACUGGUCUGAAGAUGACCUCCAGUUGCUAAUUAAAGCCGUCAAUCUCUUUCCUGCCGGGACAAACUCAAG